UAUAUCUUUUACACAGAGCGGUGUAAGCAGCUUCCCUCAGUGUAAGCCGUGCAUACAUUGAUAUGUAUCUGUUGCUGGAAACAGAAGGGCGGUCCUCUGUAUCUGUAACACUUUCGGUUUCAUAACCCUUCUGAUAAAACCGGCAGAGACGAGGCAGAAAGAGAGAGAAACUAAAGCAACGCUUCUUGCAGUCCGUGAACCUCGAGUCUACAUUGUACAGGUUUUGGUCUUUAACUACAUCAUUUUAGUUAUUUUGGGUGAUUUGCUUACGAGCACAUUUCAAUAAGAAGCUCUUCCGGCAAACCUACAUCUUACAGUAACAAGCCCUCACCAUGAAGCCGCUGGCAGCGCUGGCGUGUCUCCCAGUGCUGGACGUGGCCGUCACUCACGCCCUGCGGCUCGGGCUGACCCGGGUUCCAGUGCCGGAGCUGCAGCUCCCUCUGUGGAGCCUGUGGGUGACGGGUGUGCUGCGAGCCGCCGUGCUGAGCCUGGUCUUCUGUCACACCGUCCGCAGGGCGCCGCAGUGCCCGGCCUGGCUGCUGAGCAGAGACGCGCUGCAGAGUGUGCUGCUCCUGAGCCUGCUCCUGCCCUGCUACGCCACGCUGCAGGCUGUGAGUGCAGGCGGGGCGCAGGAGCUGCUGUGGGGCUGGCACUGUCCGAGCGCCCUGGCGCUGGGGUAUGGAGUGACCGUCGCGACGGCUGUGCUGUGGCAGCGCUACGCGCCCUCCCCGUCCGAACCUGGGUCCCAGAAGAGAAACGGGGCGUCGCUCAGGAGGCUGGCGGAGCAGAUGAGCCCCGACGCCAGGCACUUCGCAGCGGUGGGGUUCUUCCUGGUGGUGUCAUCUCUGGGUGAGAUGGCCAUUCCCUACUACACAGGGAGGAUGACAGACUGGAUCAUGAACGAGGAGGAGCCAGAAGCUUUCAAUAACGCCAUCACUGCCAUGGCCCUCAUCACCAUCGGGAGUACUGUGUCAGAGUUUGUAUGUGACCUCAUCUACAACAUCACAAUGAGCCGGAUUCACAUGAGAAUCCAGAGCCGGGUCUUCAGGUCAGUGCUGCGGCAGGACAUUGCCUUCUUCGACACGGCGCAAACCGGUGACAUCACGUCCCGCAUCACGACGGACACAAACACGAUGAGCGAGUCUCUGAGUGAGAAGCUCAGCCUGCUCAUGUGGUAUUUCAUGAGGGUGCUGUGUCUGUUCGGCUUCAUGCUCAGACUGUCCUGGAAACUCUCCCUCUUCACUGCCAUCGGCCUGCCCAUCAUCUGGGUCAUUCCAGAGCUGACCGGGAAAUUCUACCAGAAACUGUCAGUGAGAGUGCAGGAGUCUCUGGCGAAGGCAAACGCCGUUGCCAUGGAGACGUUCUCAUCGAUGAAGACAGUGCGCAGCUUCGCUAACGAAGAGGGCGAGGCGCAGCGAUACCGAGACAAACUGGAGGAGACGUACCGGCUCAACAAGAUCGAGGCUGCUGCCUACGCUGCCUCCUCCUGGACAAACAGUCUCUCCAGCCUGGCUCUGAAGGUCUCUAUCCUGUACUACGGAGGGAUGCUGGUGACCUCGGGGGAUGUGAGCAGUGGAGACCUGGUGUCCUUCGUCCUGUAUGAGCUGCAGUUCUCCUCUGCUGUGGAGGUGCUGCUCUCGUACUAUCCCCAUGUGAAGAAGGCGAUCGGCGCCUCAGAGAAAAUCUUCGAGUACAUGGACCGCGAGCCGGAGAUGACAGCGGGGACCCUCGCACCCGAGACCCUGAGGGGACACGUGGAGUUCAAGAACGUCAGCUUCACCUACCCUCGCAGACCCGACACCACCGUGCUCAAGAGCGUCUCGUUUGAGCUGCGCCCCGGUGAGAUCACGGCUCUGGUGGGCCCCUCUGGCGGGGGGAAGUCGACGUGUGUGUGUCUGCUGGAGCGCUUCUACCAGCCCCAGAGUGGAGAGAUCCUGCUGGACGGGGCUCCCCUUCAAGACUACCAGCACUCGUACCUGCACAGGAAGGUUGCUCUGGUGAGUCAGGAGCCGGUGCUGUUCGCCCGCUCGGUUCAGGAGAACAUCUCGUAUGGAGUGGAGCAGAAAAGCGAGGAGGAGGUGCAGCGAGCAGCCAAGAGAGCCAUCGCACACGACUUCAUCACGGAGCUGCAGGAGGGCUACAGCACCGAUGCUGGUGAGAAGGGCGGGCAGCUCUCGGGGGGUCAGAAGCAGCGUGUGGCGAUCGCUCGGGCUCUGCUCAGGGACCCCCGCAUUCUCAUCCUGGAUGACGCCACCAGCUCCCUGGACACUGAGACUGAGCACCUGGUCCAGUCGGCUGUGCUGAAUGGGCGCCGCUGCUCGGUGCUCCUGAUCUCUCACAGGCUGAGCUCCCUGGAGCGGGCGGACCGCAUCAUCGUGCUGCAGGGAGGGGAGGUGGUGGAGCAGGGGAGCCACUCGGAUCUGCUGCAAAGAGGGGGCGUCUACCAGAGCCUGUUGGAGAAACAGAGCAGGGGCUUCGACCGCAACGGGGUCGACCGGGACCAGGAGGGACCAGAACAGCAGGACUGAGAGCUCAGAGCAGCCUGCACUCCACUGCACACUGCACACUCUCUGCAGGGAGAAGAAUACAUGGAUACUGCUGUGGAAGAAUACAUGGAUACUGCUGUGGAAGAAUACAUUGAGACUGCUGUGGAAGAAUACAUUGAGACUGCUGUGGAAGAAUACAUUGAGACUGCUGUGGAAGAAUACAUUGAGACUGCUGUGGAAGAAUACCUUGAUACUGCUGUGUAAGGGCCUUUUAAACUGAAGACAGAAUUGUAUUAUUAAUCACAAAAACAAAGAUUGUACAGGAAGUGCUCUGAGGCGUGCACUGUGACAGGGUACUGCAAUGACAUCAUCACUGUACGCUUCAUUCAUCAUCAAAUCAAAUCAAAAAUAAUCUCUGUUCUGCAUUUGUAUUGUUCUGAAAUGUUCUUUUUCAGCUGAAUGUUAAUUGAAGUGGCCUCUUGCUGUGAGACUUUGUAUCUCUGUGCUCUUUUGAGUGGCAGUGCGCAGGGACCGUGACUCCAGUACAUUCACAAUUCCUUGGAGGCUACAUAUCUGAUGUGACAUUCAGUGGGGCAAAGCGAGGGCCAGUCCAGCCCAGAUAUGCAUUACACCAUACAUGCCAUUACUCACUCGAACCAAUUUGAGCUGAUCAGGUAUUAUUAUUAUUAUUAUUAUUGUAUUGGUCACCUCUGAGGCUCUCUAGGAGAGGAGUGGUUCCCCAGAAAUUCUGUGGAUUAGAGAUAAACAAGCAUGCAAUCUGGCUCCUAUAAGAGCACUGUGGAUCAUUGAUAAAUAAACAAGCAUGCAAUCUGGCUCCUAUAAGAGCACUGUGGAUCAUUGAUAAAUAAACAAGCAUGCAAUCUGGCUCCUAUAAGAACAUUAGAACACCCCCCCUCUUUAAUACCCCUCGUGUCUGCAGGGCGCAUGUAAAGGAGUGUGUCCAGUAAGUGAGACCUGACUGUGACCCUGAGCCGUCCGCAGUCCAAGUGUGCUAGGAGGACUCCGCUGUGCCUCAUGACUUGGUGUCACUGUUUUUAAAUUGCUGUACAUCACAGGGCUUGAAACUCACACCAGCCCUGCUGCACCCAGUCCUGGGGUUAUUAUACAAUCAGCUCCCUGGUAAAGCUGCUGUGAAUGAACUGAUUCUCAUCACAGCAUCAAUACGUCUCACCUGUGAGUCUGCAGGGUUACUAAUAGGAGUUUGAACAAUCAGCCCCCUGGUAAAUCUGCUGUGAAUGAACUGAAUCUCAUCACAGCAUCAAUACGUCUCACCUGUGAGUCUGCAGGGUUACUAAUAGGAGUUUUGCACGCAGCUAUAACAGAGGAACAGUUUAUUUUUAACAUCAAAUCGUUUCAAUAAUUCUGAAGGCCAGGAAUGGAUGCAGCUGGGCUAGUGUGAGCUUUAAGUGCAUUGACUGAAGCAGGUCUAAGUGCAGUGUGUGUUUCUCUAUUCAGUUAUAUCACAGUGCAUUGAUUGAAGCAGGUCUAAGUGCAGUGUGUGUUUCUCUAUUCAGUUAUAUCACAGUGCAUUGACUGAAGCAGGUCUAAGUGCAGUGUGUGUUUCUCUAUUCAGUUAUAUCACAGUGCAUUGAUUGAAGCAGGUCUAAGUGCAGUGUGUGUUUCUCUAUUCAGUUAUAUCACAGUGCAUUGAUUGAAGCAGGUCUAAGUGCAGUGUGUGUUUCUCUAUUCAGUUAUAUCACAGUGCAUUGAUUGAAGCAGGUCUAAGUGCAGUGUGUGUUUCUCUAUUCAGUUAUAUCACAGUGCAUUGAUUGAAGCAGGUCUAAGUGCAGUGUGUGUUUCUCUAUUCAGUUAUAUCACAGUGCAUUGAUUGAAGCAGGUCUAAGUGCAGUGUGUGUUUCUCUAUUCAGUUAUAUCACAGUGCAUUGAUUGAAGCAGGUCUAAGUGCAGUGUGUGUUUCUCUAUUCAGUUUUGCACUCCAAGAUUAUUAUUUCAUUCAGUGAAUUUGUUUUUUAAGUUCUAGUUUCCAGUAGCUUUAGAUCCUUUUCAAUUCUUUUUUAAGCUGCAUAUUUCUAAUAUUUCCAUGCAUUGAUUUUCACAGUAUCUGCAAACACAAGAUGUAAAUAUUAAUUAAUAUUAAUAUCCACUGAAACAAAGUGAGUCACAGCUGUAACUCACAAGUCGUUUUCUUAUUUAAAUCUGUUGUGUUAAAUCAAAUACAGUUUGAGAAUCCACAAUACUGUUCUAUCUGAUUUUGAUUUUAAAAUGCAAAACUUCUUUUAAUGAAUACAAAGCUAAUCGCUUGUGAGUUCAAUCUUUGUGAGCGGGGUGCAGCUGUUUUUUGUUUUGUUCUUGUUGUUUUUUUUACAGGUUUGUCAAUGCAGGUGUUUCUGCUGUAAUUUUUAAUUAAAAAAAACUAUUGAAAAA